CGGCGGCCCGGGCUCCGGCUGUCGGGGAAGCUGCUGAGCUGUGAUGGUGAUGACGAGGUGAAAAUGGCGGAUCUUUCGAAAUACAAUCCCGGCCCCUGACAUACCAGAGGCGGCGGCCGCGGCGGCGUCGCCACCCGGGCUCCCUCCUUGGCCCCCGGGAUCCCUGUAGCGCUCCAAUUCGUGCAGACUGGGGAAGGAAGCGGCUGGCCGGAGCUACCGUGCACAGGCAAAACAAGCACCGCCCGGGCUCGGAAUUGCCCGGGACCUUCUGGAGUCCCCACCUCGGAGCCGGAGGGAGGAGACAGCGGCAGCCGCCGGAGUGCCUGAUCAACUUUCUAGCAGGAGAACGAUCAUGGAGGUGGUGCCAGCUGAGGUGAAUAGUUUGCUUCCAGAGGAGAUAAUGGACACUGGUAUAACUUUAGUGGAUGAUGAUAGUAUUGAGGCUGUUAUUGUUUCAUCCCCAAUUCCCAUGGAGACAGAACUGGAAGAAAUUGUCAACAUAAAUUCUACUGGUGACUCUACAGCCACGCCCAUUUCCACGGAACCAAUAACAGUGUACAGUAACCACACUAACCAAGUUGCAGUGAAUACCACAAUUACUAAAGCAGAUUGUAAUACCACGGUGAAACCAGCUUUUCCAAGUGGCCUUCAAAAACUUGGUGCUCAGACUCCUGUGACUAUAUCAGCCAAUCAGAUUAUUUUAAACAAAGUAUCACAGACAUCUGAUCUUAAACUUGGCAAUCAGACCCUUAAACCAGAUGGACAGAAGUUAAUUUUAACAACUUUGGGCAAGUCUGGUUCACCAAUUGUUUUAGCACUACCCCAUAGCCAACCCCAGGCUCAGAAAGUUACAACUCAGGCCCAGUCAGGAGAUGCUAAGUUACCACCGCAGCAAAUUAAAGUAGUUACCAUUGGAGGGAGGCCAGAGGUGAAACCUGUCAUUGGUGUCUCAGCAUUGACCCCAGGAAGUCAACUGAUUAAUACUACAACUCAGCCCUCUGUGUUACAGACCCAACAGUUAAAAACAGUACAGAUUGCGAAGAAACCUCGAACUCCAACCUCUGGUCCAGUAAUCACGAAGCUGAUCUUUGCAAAACCAAUUAAUAGUAAAGCAGUUACAGGACAGACAACUCAAGUAUCACCACCAGUCAUUGCAGGUAGGGUUCUUUCACAGUCUACUCCCGGGACUCCAUCAAAGACCAUAACAAUAUCUGAAAGUGGUGUUAUUGGAUCAACUUUAAAUUCUACAACACAGACACCAAAUAAAAUAGCCAUCUCACCUUUGAAAUCGCCAAAUAAGGCAGUGAAAUCAGCUGUGCAGACCAUCACUGUUGGAGGAGUGAGCACAUCACAAUUUAAGACAAUUAUUCCUCUGGCAACUGCUCCCAAUGUCCAGCAGAUUCAAGUGCCUGGAAGCAAGUUUCAUUAUGUCCGACUUGUUACUGCCACAACAGCCAGUAGCUCAACCCAGCCAGUUAGUCAGAAUCCCAGUACAAACACUCAGCCUCUUCAGCAAGCAAAGCCAGUGGUCGUUAAUACCACCCCAGUGCGGAUGUCAGUGCCACUUGUCUCAGCGCAGACUGUCAAACAAGUUGUUCCAAAACCAAUCAAUCCAACUUCCCAAAUAGUCACCACCAGCCAGCCACAGCAGCGGCUUAUCAUGCCUGCCACCCCACUGCCACAAAUCCAGCCAAACCUCACGAACCUGCCACCAGGCACUGUGCUGGCACCGGCUCCAGGAACAGGGAAUGUAGGCUAUGCGGUGCUUCCUGCUCAGUAUGUGACUCAGCUACAGCAGUCUUCCUAUGUGUCUAUAGCAAGCAACUCUAACUUUACCGGAACACCUGGUAUCCAGACCCAAGCAAGGCUUCCGUUCAAUGGCAUAAUGCCAUCAGAAUCUGCCAGUCGGCCCAGAAAGCCUUGUAAUUGUACAAAAUCGCUGUGUUUGAAAUUAUACUGUGAUUGCUUUGCAAAUGGUGAAUUUUGCAACAACUGCAAUUGUACUAAUUGUUAUAAUAACUUGGAACAUGAAAAUGAAAGGCAAAAAGCAAUAAAGGCAUGCCUUGACAGAAAUCCAGAAGCUUUUAAGCCCAAGAUAGGGAAAGGAAAGGAGGGAGAAUCAGAUCGACGUCACAGCAAAGGAUGUAAUUGCAAACGAUCAGGAUGUCUUAAAAACUACUGUGAAUGCUAUGAGGCAAAAAUAAUGUGUUCCUCAAUAUGCAAAUGUAUUGGCUGUAAGAAUUUUGAAGAAAGCCCAGAAAGAAAGACAUUGAUGCACUUGGCAGAUGCAGCCGAAGUAAGGGUACAGCAACAAACAGCAGCAAAGACUAAGUUAUCCUCUCAGAUUUCGGACUUGCUUACUAGGCCAACACCAGCUUUGAAUAGCGGAGGAGGAAAAUUGCCAUUUACGUUUGUCACUAAGGAAGUAGCUGAAGCCACGUGUAAUUGCCUUCUUGCCCAGGCAGAGCAGGCAGACAAGAAGGGGAAAUCAAAGGCAGCAGCUGAACGGAUGAUACUUGAGGAAUUCGGGCGAUGUUUGAUGAGCGUCAUCAACUCUGCAGGAAAAGCAAAAAGUGACCCUUGUGCCAUGAAUUGCUAACUCUUGCACAAAAGACUGAUAAAUCGAACUGUACAGAAAAUUGAAGGUGCAGGGACACUUGAUUUUCUGGAAGAUAGUUUAACAAUUAUUGUAUUGUUAAUUCAGUCUUGUGAGACCUGAAAUUAUAAUAUUGAAUGAGGAGAAAUUUUAAACGAGGAAAUUACAUUUUAAAUCUUAGUUAAAUCUGCUUAUGCCCCUUCUAAAUUGAAUUUUUCUUUAUUGUAUUAUAUGGAUUUUUAAUUUGCUUGGGUUUCUUAAGAACUAGAUGUUCUGUCCUUCUGAUUCUAUUGACAAAGAACAUUUAUAAAUUACUAUUAUAUAAUUUAUAAUGUA